AUGAGUAGUGUGGGCAAUACAGAGGGCAUUGAGUACUUCGUCAAUCUCACCGUUGGCACCCCGGGACAGCCACAGACACUUAGCAUCGACACCGGAAGCAGCAAUACUUUUCUCUUCGCUUCCAACGUGUCUUUGCUGGCGUCCAAAUCCUCUUUCUGUAACACCUCUGACUGUGUUGGUGGUACCUUCGACUCGUCAAAGUCUUCAACAUUUGAGAUGAUCGACCCUGAAGCUUUCCAGGCCAGUUUUAUGUUAGGUAGUGAAUGGUUCAGAGGCGACUAUAUCAGAGAUGCUGUCCAGAUAAAUGAUCUUGUUGUACAGAAACUUACAUUAGGGCUUGCCACCAAACUGAAAGAGCGCUUUAAGCCUUACACAGGGAUCUUGGGCCUUGGUUACUCUAGUAACAUGUCGCACAGAAAGUAUCAUGAAAUGGCAACACGGCCAACUUUCGUGGAAGGGCUUGUGCAAGCCGGUGCUAUUUCGUCACGCCUCUACAGUAUCUACCUGAAUACGUUGGACCAAUAUGGCUCGAUCUUGUUCGGUGGGAUCGACACCAAGAAAUACAAAGGUCAAUUAACCACGCUUAAUUUGCUGCGUGGACGCCAUAAGGUUGAUAACAUCGAUCUGUAUCUCAAGGAAGUUAGGAUCAAACCCUACAACGAAUCAGAACGGACCAUCGUCCGCUCAACCAACGACAAGAAGUUCAGAACUUUGAUAGAUACGGGAACCCCUGAUUGGCAAUUGCCGAUCGACGCAUACCUCGAGGUUGUUCGAAAUGCAGGAUCCGAACCUUCCACAGGAUUCUGGCCCGGAGUUCCUAGAGGAUUCCAUGUUAAAGCUUGCAGUGAAGUGGCUCGUGGCAUCGCCAACACAACCCUUCUUGAGGUAACUUUUGCUGGCAAUGGAAGCAACACGGCUGUACUGCGCCUUGAGUUAGCCGAUUUGUUCUCUCAGAUCACGACACAAGACGGAAGUGCGGCGACUGAUGCUUCUGGCCGACCGAUGUGUUGGCUUCGAGUCGUACCACAGCGUGGGACACAUUUUGUCACAUCGAGUUCAGUCAUGCGAGCUGGAUACUGGGUGUUUGAUCUGGAUAACGGGCAAGUGUCGUUGGCACAAGCCAACCUUGGAGCCAAUUCGUCAGACGUGGUUCCGGUCGAAGCUGGCGCAGAUGGAUUGAGAAAGGCCGUGAACAACAACCUCAGAGCUGAGGUCCAACUAGACAAGGUCGAAGGUCGACUGUCAACUUCGGUGACGUACGAGCUUUCGACUGCUACCAAUACAGUUGGGUAUGCUACAGGUGCCGAGUCCUAUCCAACCCCUACAGGUACUGGAAUGUACGACCCAUCAGGCGACUACAGCCCGUCACGCAGCAGUAACGGGCAUUUACGUCGCUCUGAAAGUGUGGCGGCUGCUACCAUGGCUAAUAUAGGGUCUUCUGGUAUGUGGGUUCUGUGUGUCGCUGUUGUUGUGAUGGCAACAACGCUGGCAGUUUAG